AUGUCGAAUUACGACGAUAAACCACCAAGCUAUACACCUAAUCCAGUCUCAGCUCUUAGCCCCAGUAGUCGAGACCCGUACUACGACCACGAUGCCAACGCUCCAGAGGUAGUAGAAUUGGUUUCGCCAUCAGUCGCUAGCCCUGUACACGGUUUCCAAUAUGGCCAGCAACGCUUUCACGACACCGCAAACACGCAAUAUCCAGGACAAGGGCGAACUAAUGAGCAUGGAAGCGAAGAUGCGACGGAUAAGGAGGUGGUACCCGCAGAGUAUGGACAGUAUCAAAAUCUUGAGAGCGCGAUAGAGCCAGCAGGAAAGACUCCGAGCAUAUCAUCGCAUCAACCAUCACAAGCACAAAAAUCUCCGGACGCCCCGCUUCCUCCACUUCCAAAAGAAGAACGGAAAAUUAUGGGAUUGAAGAGAAGAAGCUUUUUUAUUUUACUCGGGCUGUUACUUGUUAUUGUAGUGGCAGCAGUGGUUGGAGGUGUCGCAGGAGGAGUCAUUUCUUCAAAAUCGAAAUCUUCCACAACAGACAGUGCAGCUGAUUCAAACACAACUUCGACUCCUUCUCCAACACCAACUACUCCCACGACGUCCACAACUGCCUCAUCCACAACCUCUUCAGCUAGCGCAAGUCCGACGUUCCUAAACCAGACUUCAUUUGAUAACGGGUACGCAUUCCAAGGAUGGUCAAGAAACAAAUUUACCGGAGCAUAUACCAAACUUAUCCGAGACCAAGAAGGGGGAACGGAUUUCGACUUUGAUAUACAUAGCUAUGACUGGGCUGCUAAAAUCACAAACUGCUGUGUUUCGUUUUGCAACAACUCUACCAAAGAAGGCUGGCUAGGGUAUACGUGCGACUCAAGGCAUAGAGAAGCAGCAGAGGAAUCUUUUGGCAGGAUUUUUAUCUGGUGUGCAGACAAUCACACAAUUCCUUAUGCACGGGGCAAAUGCGCAUAA